CCUUGGAUUCACCCAACCUAGGUGGGGAGAGAGAGCUGGGUGCCCCCUGUACCCCCCCAGUCCCGGCACCCCAUGAACGGACCCUCGGCCCCAUGGAGCCCGGCAGCUAUGCCACCUUGGACGGGGCCAAGGUUGUGGAGGGCUUGCUGGGAGCUGGCGGGAGUCGGAAUCUAGUCGCCCACUCCCCACUGACCAGCCACCCUACGGCGGCGGCGCCUACGCUGAUGCCUACUGUCAACUAUGCCUCCCUGGAUCUGCCAGGUUCUGCAGAACCUCCAAAGCAGUGCCACCCAUGCCCUCCCGGGGUGCCCCAGGGAGUGUCCCCAGCUCCAGUGCCUUACGGCUACUUUGGAGGCGGGUACUAUUCCUGCCGAGUGUCCCGCAGCUCUCUGAAGCCCUGUGCCCAGGCAGCCACGUUGGCCGCCUACCCAGCGGAGGCUCCCGCAGCGGGGGAGGAAUACCCCAGCCGGCCCACCGAGUUUGCCUUCUAUCCCGGGUAUCCGGGUCCCUACCAGCCUAUGGCCAGUUACCUGGAUGUGUCAGUGGUGCAGACCCUGGGAGCCCCUGGAGAGCCGUGCCACCACGACUCCCUGCUGCCUGUGGACAGUUACCAGCCUUGGGCCCUCUCCAGUGGCUGGAACAGCCAGAUGUGUUGCCAGGGUGAACAGAACCCACCAGGACCCUUUUGGAAGGCAACAUUUGCAGACUCAAGUGUGCAGCACCCUCCUGACAGCUGUGCUUUCCGCCGAGGCCGCAAGAAGCGCAUUCCCUAUAGCAAAGGGCAGUUGCGGGAGCUGGAGCGAGAGUAUUCAGCUAACAAGUUCAUCACCAAGGACAAGAGGCGCAAGAUCUCGGCAGCCACCAGCCUCUCAGAGCGGCAGAUCACCAUCUGGUUUCAGAAUCGCAGGGUUAAGGAGAAGAAGGUUCUUGCCAAGGUCAAGACCAGCUCUACUCCAUGA